UUCGCAAGUAGUCUGCCUGACUGACUAGAGGGCAGGAAAAACAGUGAACGAUUCGUAUUUUUGUUCUGCUAUUCCAAUACAGUGGAUUAUUGGGACAUUUUGAUUUGUUUUCCACUGGAGGCGCUUUUUAUUUUAUUUUAAAGAUUCGGUCUAAGGAGAUUAGAUGUUUUUUCAGAGUGAGAGCGGACACCCUCCCGGACUUCGUCUCCAAGGACCACUCGGAAAGCCCUGACCCUCCAUGAGAUGCCCACUAGUCGUAUGCCCUUUGAACCUGUAACCAUGGAUGUCCACAGGAAGGCCAUUCCAGGCCCCCACUUUGGGGUCAACGGGGGUCACAAUGGCGCUGGGAGAAACUCCCAUGACAGACCACGUAAGGAUGAAACACUGCAGUUCCUGAGCCAGGAGGAGCAAGAGUGCAUUCAGUUCUUUGAGGAGACAAUCGACUCCCUAGUGGAUGAGGAUGUGGAGGGGGAGGCCAGGCAGAAGCAGGCACAACUGUCAAGGAGCACUACCCAACCAGUGGAUGAGUGUGAUGGACCAAGACCCCACACCAUGGCGUCCAGCAUCGCACGUUCCCUCUCAACCAAAGACAGACCAAACAGUUCCAAGGACCAGGACAUUAUAGACCUGGUUCACUCAUCACCACCAGACCUGGUCCAGCCCAUACAGAAACCGUUUAACACACCUCUGCCAGAUUUCACCAAGAACAUGGACAACCCUGAGAGUCAUUAUGAGAACAAGCCGAGGCGUGAGGCCAUGGAGCACUACCCUUCAGAGUACAACAUGCACACCUUUAGAGAGGACAGUGCCCCCUAUGGCCAUGCUCAGUACCAGCCUGUAGGCUCCGUCCCCACCCCAGUGCUCAUUGCCCAGAAGAUUGCCAAAAACCAGGCUGGAGGGGGGAACACAAACAUCCUUCCUUCAUCCCGGACGUCGAUCAGCCGUAGGAGCCUGGAGUCAGAGAGACCACCCUCCUCCCCUGAUCAUUCAAACAAACAGGGCCCUCCCACCUCAGCCAAGCCCAUUCACUACCCCAGUAACAUCAACAUAAUGAUGGGUAGCAACCAGCACCACAGCCAAGCGAUGGCUGGUGUGAACCUCCAUGACAGGAAGUCUCAGAUGCUGGCUAACUUAUCAGGGAUGUCCCACCCACUAGUAGAGGAGCCGCUCCAUGGGCUGCAGUCUGUCCAACCAAAGCUGCCCUCCCGCAGUGUGUCCUUCAGGGAUCCCACCCCGGAUAAGUCCCGGAUGGAGGCGCUAUCCAAGCUCGGCCUGACCCGAAACCGCUCCCCGUCCGGCGGGCCCUCUACACUUGUCCCACCUGAAAGUGUCACCAAUCCCACUGCAUCCUCCCCUCCUGCUCCUGGUUCCGCUCCAGUCCGCGCUCCUACAACAACACCCUUAAGUAAACUAGAUAUGGUCCGACAGGCAAAACCCUCACCCCUGGCAACGGUAACCACUAACAGUGCCAUUCACGCCAGGUCCCAUGAUAACAAUCCCGCUGCCUCUCCCCCGCCUGAGGUCUCGUCCAAGGACUUUAACAGCUACGGCGGAAAGACCAUCAUGGUGAAUCCUUCUAAGUCUACGGCUGUCCCUGCUUCUCCUGCCCCCACCGACUGCCUUGAGAGUAAGGCCCAGCCGAUUGCCUCCUCCAGCGACUUCAACCCAUACGGUGGCAAGAGUAAGGUCAUGGCUUCUGUUCCCACAACCAGGACUGACCCACAACCACCAGAUGUCCAGAGCAGAGCCAUGCCUUCUCCAGCCUGCAGCCCCGUCAGGGUGAUGCCUCCACCAGUGUUCACCUCCAUGCCAAACAAGGUGGAACCAAUGCCCUAUGAGAACAACAGCUAUGGGAGGAAGACCAAGGAGGUCACCCCAUCGCACGUUCCCCCCUCCCCCGCUGUUACCCCUGACAUCGUUGCCCACACCCUGGUGAGAAGUCCUAGCAGAGCUCAAGCCCCGGCGCCUUCUCCAGCCCCAAGACCCUUCCGCUACAGUACUCCUAACCCUAACAGAGUGGCGGCUUCGCCUUCGACUCCUCCAGAGAACCAACGUAAGUCCAUCUCCAAGCCAUCCUUCCGCUCCCAGGGGAUCACUGUGCAGUUUUCUGGACGCGGAGCAACCGACGAAUCACGUAGGGAAGCACUCCGGAAACUGGGAUUGCUGAAAGACACUUUGUAACAAUUGAGUCAGGACACUGUCUUCCUUCUGUUUCCAUCUCCUCAUGUGUAAAAACUUGAUUCAGCUUCCAGGUAGACAGACAUCACUAAUGCCUCUGGAAGUUUCUGAGGUUGUGACGUGGUUGGACAGGAGGUGUCCAUUACUGUGGAAUGGAACAGGAUCCAGCAGAAAACCUGCACAUCCGGUUCUGCGCUCCUCGCUCACGGAGAACGCUGACAAACGAGUCAAACACCUCACAUGGGCAGGCUGAGAAAUGUGCACACAUAUUUUUGAAAUACACGUCAGACACGCACACCAAACAACACACUCCCACUGCUGUUGUAAGCAUCACAGCCUUAUUUAACACUACCCAGUCCUUCAUGUACAUCACCUCUGAACCAAAACCUAUUGUAUUUUACCUCGUUCGCCCAGUGACCAAAACAGUCAAGAACAGACUUGUUAAAAGAAACAGCUGAAUAUCUUUGGCAUUGACACUUGUGGCAGAUAUAUCCUUUUUACUACCUUUGCCUUCUGCUGAUGUCCCUUCUGCAGCUAACUGUGAGAAUCCUGAAAUGCUCUCACUCUCCAAAGAUGGAUUUAAUAUAUUUACUGUUACAUUCUAAGCCACUGAGGCUGGAUGACGUGAACUUUAAUCAGAAUCUGAAGUCACCUGAGAAUUGAACAGCCUUAUAGCAUGUAAUUUUGUUGAACCAUUUGGGCAAUUAUUUUAUCUGGGAGGUUAAUAUGUGAGUGAUGUUUCUCAGUGCAGUUCUUAUGAACAUGAAGGGCAUAGUUUGAAAACACUCUCCUGUCAGAAUGUCAUUCAGUUAAUGUUUAUCUAAUGAAAGUGCCCUUAUUCCUUAUAACAAAAUUCCCUUUCUGAUGACCUUUUACAUUAUAGAUAAUUAGGCAAUCAUAUAAUUCCCCUACUGCCUCAUAAACGGUGUGUUUUAGACAGAUCACUGGGAUUUACAUUCCCCUAGAUAAGAAACACUGAUUAUUGACAUACAUCCAAUGUCAUCCAAUUAAAAUACAUUAGUUUAAAUUCAUGCACCUCAUUUGAUGAGCUGUAAAAUGUAAUUAUGUUCAAGUGACCCAAUAUUUAUCAUUACAAUAUUGGAGUGAUUCUAAGUUACAGAGAAAUUAACAGGCUUGAGUUUUUUGGAGAGAUUUGUAACAACAGCCCUGCCUAAAGUGUAUUUUUACUCCAUGGACAUACCUCCCAUACAAACCACGAGCCUAAACAUAGUCUCCAGUGUAGGUUUACGUUUACUAGUAAAAACAAGGAGAAGAAAAUAACUUAUACGUAGUGGGAAAAGGCACAAGGGUUGCAUUAUCCAAAAUAAUGAAGCCACAGAAUUCAGAAAUACUUCGGGAUUAUCUUUUCUAGCAUUGCCCUUCUGUUGUUCAUAUGUAUGCUGAACUUAUUUACAAUGUGUAAUUUAACUGUCAUCAUAACUUAGGCCUCUUGUUUCUCACUGGUCUGCAGACAUACCGGCAUAUAAACCCCUGCAUGUGUGUGUGAGAAUGUGUGAGAAUGUGUGUUUGCACGUGUAGUGUGAGAGUAUGUAAGAAUGUAUUGUGUGCAUGGGUGUGUGAAUAAAGGUUUGUCCAUUUUAAGUUUUUAUUUAAUGAAAACUUUAGACUCCGAAUUUUGUAGUUUAUCUACAAUAACUCAUGAAGGAUUUUGUGUUACAUUAUGCACACAUUUUUGUGGUUGUGUGACUGAAACAUAUUUAACUUAUUAUCAAGACUCCGGUUUUGUAGUUAAUCUACAGUAACUCUUGAAGUAUCAAACACAUGACAGAUUGGGGAGAUAUGCCUGUAGUUUGCAGACCUUGAAGUGUUAAUACAUGAGGAUAACACGUAUCCUCUACUCCGAUCUUUUUUGACUGUAACUUCAUUUUUGGAUAGAUGUAUAUGAUUAAAACACAUUUUAAUUCAAUUGUGAUCAGAUCGUAUUCAGGAAAACAGUCAAGGUCAGAACAAAGGAUGCAUAUUAGAACAAUGCAUUAAAGGGGCAGAAGAGAACAAGAAGCCAAAGAGACUUAAAACUUUUAUAAAUAUGAAUUCAAAGAUGCUGCUAUGGUUCAACAGCACCUAUAUUGUUUUGUUCAGUUGUAAUAAAGUAUGAAUACAUUAUUGUACAUGACAUUUAAUGCACACUACUGUAUAUCACCUAAUAAAGAGAGUAAUAUACUGUAAA